UGAUCACAUGACAACAAGGCUGGGCCCUACAGCCCGGGAGGAAGCGACCCAGUGGCGGAGGGUCCCCAGUUCUGGGUGCGGAGGAUCGCGGGAGGUGGAACUCUCGCUCGGAGCCGAGAUCUCCUUCCCUAGCACCACCUCGAUCCUGUGUCCCUGGCCAGGAUGCCACCCCAGAAGGUCGGGGCUGAGACCCGAAUCGUACAGUUUACUAACUGCCGCAUUCUGCGCGGACACACGCUGCUCAGGGAGGACCUGUGGAUUCGAGGAGGCCGAAUUCUGGAUCCAGAGAAGCUUUUUUUUGAAGAGAAGAGAUCAGCUGAUGAGCAGAGGGACUGUGAGGGUCACAUCCUGGCUCCAGGCUUCAUUGAUGUUCAAAUAAAUGGUGGAUUUGGGGUGGACUUCUCCCUGCCCAGUGAAGAUGUAGGUUCAGGGAUUGCUUUGGUUGCCAAGAAUCUCCUGGCUUACGGGGUUACUUCAUUCUGUCCAACUCUGGUCACCUCACCGCCGGAUAUUUAUCACAAGGUCCUUCCUCAGAUCAUUGUGAGAAACGGUAGCUCCCAAGGAGCAGGAAUCCUUGGAGUGCAUUUGGAAGGACCAUUCAUUAGCCAUGAGAAAAGGGGGGCACAUCCUGAAUCCCAUCUUCGCACCUUUGAGACUGAUGCAUUCCAAGAAUUGCUGAAAACAUAUGGAUCCCUGGACAAUGUUGCCAUAAUUACCCUGGCCCCUGAACUUAGACGCAGUUAUGAGGUCAUCAGAGAAAUCACUUCCCGUGGCAUCUGUGUGUCAGUGGGUCAUUCAGUGUCUCACUUGAGGGAGGCUGAAGAAGCAGUCCAGAAUGGAGCCACUUUUAUCACUCACCUCUUCAAUGCCAUGCUACCUUUUCAUCAUCGUGAUCCUGGCAUUGUGGGUCUUUUGACUAGUGACCAGAUCCCACCUGGACGGCAAGUGUUCUUUGGAAUGAUCGCAGAUGGUAUCCAUACCAAUCCUGCAGCCUUAAGGAUUGCACACCGCGCCCAUCCCAAAGGGCUUGUGCUGGUUACAGAUGCUAUUCCUGCCCUGGGCUUGGGCAAUGGUCGACACACAUUGGGUCAGCAAGAUGUUGAGGUGGAUGGGUUGACGUGCUGUGUGGCUGGUACCAAGACACUUUGUGGCAGUGUGGCCCCAUUGGAUGCUUGUGUCCGGCACUUCCUCCAUGCCACAGGUUGCAGUGUGGAGAUGGCGCUUGAGGCUGCAACCCUGCACCCAGCCCAGCUGCUAGGGAUAGAAAAACAAAAGGGGACCUUGGACUUUGGCUCUGAUGCAGACUUCGUGGUCCUCGAUGACUCCCUGAAUGUCAAAGCCACAUACAUUGCAGGGGAACUGGUGUGGCAGGACAAGACUCUCAGUUGCUAAUGGCCAGGAGUCAGGACAGGACUCUGCUCAGCCCUCCACUAGAUGUUGCAUCUACAUUGAAGUUGGCAGCUUCCUUGGUGUCUUAAAUAUCUGAGAAGACAGAAGUUCCUGGCCCUUUUAGACCUUAUACUUGAAGGAGUACUAAGUCAAAGUCUUGAACUUGAACAUGGACUCCACAGGAAGAUCUCUUCUGUAGUCUUCUACUCUCCGAAAUAAAAUGGCUACUACUAA